AUGUCCUCCUGGUGGAGCCUGGCCGCCAUUCUCACCCGCGCGGCCUGGGUCGGCGGCUUCCUCCUGUCGGCUGUUGUUGGCGUGCUGUGGUUCUUCCAAGAAAAGCUCGUCUUCUACCCUGCAAUUCCUAAAGGCUAUGAGACGCCAGAUAAAAACCCAAAGGGGCUACAUCAUCCGGGAGAAAGAAAUUUGCCGUUUGACGAUGUCUACAUUAGAACCAGCGACGGCUUGACCCUUCAUGGUUGGCUUCUGCGUCAGCCAAACGCUCUGAAGGUACCCACCUUCCUUUACUUCCACGGGAAUGCCGGCAACAUCGGAUUUCGUCUUCCCAACUUGGAGCUGAUGUUCCGCAUGGUUGGCGUAAAUAUACUGAUCGUGUCAUAUAGAGGGUAUGGUUACAGUGAAGGUUCACCCACCGAGGAAGGCGUUUAUACGGACGCGGAGGCGGCCUUGGAUUUCAUUUUGGAAAAUGGGACUGUCAACAACAAGGAUAUUUUUGUCUUCGGUCGCAGCAUUGGGGGUGCGGUGGCAAUAGAACUCGCGAAACGCAGAAGCAAUGAGCUGAAGGGCAUCGUGGUGGAGAACACGUUUACGUCGCUGCUGGAGAUGCUCUACAUUGUCUUCCCUUUCUUGAGCCCAUUCAACCUGCUGGUGAAGGCCGUGCAGCGGAUGUACAUGUUAAACGACGAGAAAGUUCGCACAUUGGUUCUACCUGUUUUAUUCAUUUCGGGGCGCCGAGAUACACUCGUCCCUCCGUCGCACAUGGACGUGCUAUACAGCACAUGCGGUGCUCGCAUAAAGAUGCGAGAGGACGUUGAAAAUGGAGAUCACAACGACACGUGGGAAGUCGGGGGUCAAAGUUACUACAAUAGGCUUCGCGAGUUUGUCCAGGUGGCACUUUCGGAAUCGUCGUCUUCUGAAGUCGGCCCCCACUGCGGAACCCAUUCAACCAUCAGCGAUGCGUCAACAAAUGUCUCAUUGAGACAGCUGCGGCCAACUUCCUCCGUAACUGAGGAGGCUUUGUGCAAGUAA